AUGUCUAUCUUUGAGCCUGCAGAACGCCGGAAGCUGCGUAGAGUUCUACGCGCACUCUGCAAUAACAUCCAGGACCUCGAACUUCAUGAAUUCGAUGUGCAUCAAGGGAAAGCACACAAUAUCAUUAUCUUGCCUUUAGAUUUAGAGGGACAAUCUGAUGCUAGGCCUUAUUUUUUCACGCCUUGUUCUGCCUCUAUAAUGGCCGAUCCUGUUGAGAGCAUGACGGGAGAGGGGCGAGAAUUUAUCGAAUUUGAUUCAUUUCCCGAACACCACAGAGACCCGCUAUACUGUUCACGUUGGCUGUUUGAUCGUUUUUCUGGUUAUAUCUCCCUAUGCAGUGAUUUUAGCGAUCGUGACGAGGCUUAUGAGCUCAAGAAGCUACAAUCAGAUCUCAGCAUUGAUGAGCCGCCUCUCACGAACUUGCAUCAGUUUAGCUACCCUGAAUGGCUAACUGUGUGGGCUACCAAACUUGCCAAGGGCUCACAACCCCAUAUCAAAGCAUUUGUUUGCAAUAAUAUGAACGGUACAAACGCAAAGGUCCUACGAGGAGAAGUAAUGGUCACUCUACGCUUGAUGAUCGCACAAAUGAAGUCUGUCCGCUUUGUCGAGCAGUUGACUGCACCGGUCCUGCUUUUCUCGUUCAUGGGCCCCCAACAUGCUCGGCUGAUCGAGGCGUAUUUUGACGGCAACUCGCUGAUAAUGCGUCCGACUCGCCUGUUUGACCUUCGCAAGAUGGAUGCGGAUGUUAUCAGAACAAUGGGCCAAUGGUUCUUUGGGAUGGCAACCGGGGAAACUACGAGAUUGUGGGAGGCGGGAUCUCGGGCAUGUUCACGGACAUGA